AUGGAUGGCAACGAGUACAAAGAAUCAAUUAACAUGGAUUGCAACGAGUACAGAGAAUCCAUUAAUAAUGGAGAUGACAACAAGCAUAGAGAAUCCAUUAACAAUGGAUAUGACAACAAGCAUAGAGAAUCCAUUAACAAUGGAGAUGACAACAAGCAUAGAGAAGCAAUUAACAAUGGAGAUGACAAUAAGUAUAGAGAAGCAAUUAACAAUGGAGAUGUUGUAUUGACUGAGAACUUCCUCUCCUUUGUUGAGGUUAUCUUUCAAUUUAUAGAGAAACCAACAUGCAGGAUAGCCGAAGCAGUGCAGGGUGCUGGCAGGGUGUGUUGGAUGACUGAGGGUGGUGCAACAAUUGGGGAAAUAGGGGAAGCAGUGGACAAGUGA